AUGGCAAAAGCACGCGUGGGCCUACGCCAUGCCGAGCACAUAGACGUCCAUGAGGACGACUUGCAGGAAGAGGAGGCCGAAGGAACACCGGACGAAAGCAUGGAUCCGCUCGAGGAAAGCGGGCACACGGUGUACAGCAGCGACGAAGAAGUCGAGGACUCGGUCCAAGAAGACAUGGCGCGCUUCGAAGAGACUUUUGUCGGCAUCAGCAAGCGGUUUCGACUCAUUAACCGCAUCGGAGAAGGAACCUUCUCAACCGUGUACAAGGCUGAGGACCUGGAAUACAACAAGUACAACAACAAUUGGGACAUUGAUGAGCGCGAGGACCGCAAAUGGUCGUCGCCUGCACACCGGCGACGCCCCUCGAAACGCACCCACUAUGUUGCUAUCAAGAAGAUCUAUGUUACGAGCAGUCCCAUUCGCAUCUUCAACGAGCUCGAACUCCUGUACGACCUGAGAGAUUCAGACUCAGUCUGUCCACUCAUCACCGCUUUCCGCCACCUGGACCAGGUCGCUGCCGUUCUGCCUUACUUCCAGCAUCUUGACUUCCGCGACUACUACCGCGACAUGAAGAUCUCCGAAAUGCGCCCCUACUUCCGAAGCCUGUUUACAGCACUUCGUUCAGUGCAUGCAAAGGGCAUCAUCCACCGCGACGUCAAGCCGACCAACUUUCUCUACAACCCGCAACAGUCCCGUGGGGUUCUUGUCGACUUUGGCCUUGCCGAACGUGAGGGUACGGACUGGCAUAACUGUGCCUGCCACAUGUCGGACGAGGACCGCCGCCAUAGGGUCAGUCAGAGUGUAUAUGCACAGACGCAGUCAUCAGGUCACAACAUUUCGAGCUACCCAAAAAAUGAUACACGAAACAGCCGUCGCGCCAACCGUGCUGGCACCCGUGGGUUCCGUGCCCCUGAAGUGCUGCUCAAAUGCACACAGCAGAUAUGCUCGCUCGACAUAUGGAGCGUUGGUGUCAUUCUACUAACCAUGCUUUCGCGUCGCUUCCCCUUCUUCCACAGCGCGGACGACAUCGAUGCCCUACUGGAGAUCACGACCAUUUUUGGGCGGAAAAAGAUGCGAGAGACUGCCCUCUUGCACGGCCAGGUUUUUGAGACGAAUGUCCCUAGUUACAGUGAGGGCGGUCACAGCUUGGACAAGAUCAUCCUCUGGUGCACUGGCCGAACAGGCGACAAGACGCAACCAAAGAAAGAGCUUGACGGAGAAGAAAAGGAAGCCGUGCAGUUCCUAUAUCGCUUGUUGGAAUGUAACCCAGCAAAACGCAUUACGGCCGAUGAAGCUCUACGUCACCCUUUCAUUGCGAAAGCUUUUGAAGAGAGCGAGGCGGAUGAAGACAUGGUUGACCUUGUAGAAGCGUAA